UUGUUCUCACAGACAAACCAUUCUAAGCGAGGCCCAUUCUCUCCAUCGGCUCGGUCCGAUCCCAGCGCACGCGCGGGCGAGAAGUUGAGCAUGUACGCGCCGCCCGAGUCCUCAGAGCAACCAACAACGACGCGAAGAGUAUAGUAGAAAAAUAUGUAUAUCAUGCCAAUUUAAUUUCUGCUUCACAUAGCAUUUGUCAGUGCACAGCCGUCCGUGUUGUAGAAUAGAUGCUUCGGGUCCUAGCAUUGUAUUUCCGAACCGUGCGCGUGCUUUGCUCUCCUCAUUACGUGGUGACUGGGACUGGGGACGGAAUUCGGAUACGGUGCGUCACGAUCGAUUGGCGGUGCCCUGCUUCGACCAUCAGAGACCACCAGCCGCACUUGCGCAUUCCCAGGAACUCGUGAAUUAAGAAUAGAAGGGAGGUGUCUUACCCACAGUUCCAAGAGAAGGUGGUUGAGUGACCUUGUGUGGCUGAAAAGGGGUAGAGUGAGAGUGCAGACUGUGAAGAUCUUGAACUAGUUACCGCCUCGAAGUAGGACUUAGUCAACCGGAAAAUAUUUGCUCAAACAGAAAUUAAUGAGACUUGUGAAGCUUCGUUGGGUGGUUUUGCGGAGAAGAAAGCGCAUAGAAGGUCACGUAUAUUGAUUUUGCCUAUUUGGGUCCGCUACCGGAAGCACCGUUUUGCUAAACAAAGUGAACCAAUAAUUGUCCACAAUGGACCAAUUUACGCAACUGAACGCCGAACAAGAGACCGCCGCCGGUAAACAAUGUGGUUUAUGCUUAAGCUCCUCUGGAAUGCAGCAUUGAGUGAAAGUACUUCAGCAAAGGACGAUGAUUGUGCACUAGGACUCCAGUAACGAAACGACCCACUACAGGACUCUAGGUGUAACGUUAGGCUUCUUUGUAAUGUUUCUUUUCGAUACUUCGUGCCAGAGGGAAGUAUAAGAAGAAGAAACGGAAAAGUAAACUCCAGUGCUGCGGAAAACAUCGAGAGCCCGCCGGAAGGAAACAUGCAGUGAUUCGAUUGCAAAAAGCAAAAUAGCUUGUGCUGACGGUCAUCAUCGAGUGCGAAGGCGUGCUUCAGAGAGCGAGCUGUGGAGCAGAAACACGGAGUUCGAAGGCGAAAAUUAUUCAUUUUGUGGCUGACGUAAACAAAUUCACUGCACAUUCCAGUAGGAUGGAACAAAUUGUAAAUUUGUUUGUUUGCUUCCUGAUGAUUUCAACAAUUGACAGUGUCUACAGCUAUCCUACACCAAGUGAUAUUCUAUCAGGGAAAGAGUUCCUAUCGAUUCUAAUGGAUUCGGAUUCUCGAAGCAGUAGAAAUAAUAACUACGCUAGCCGAAGUACAGACGUUCAGCGAACUACAGUGGCAGCUCAUCCAUAUCGAGGGUCACGCAAGUUUAGUCAGUUUUACUACGGACGUGCCGAAGAGGAGGAGAGCAUUCUACCAAUUGAAGCGCUAUUCAGUUCUCAUGAAGACACGACUCGUAGCGGGGCACGAUCAUAUGACUUUAGGAGUAGGACUCGAUCGCGGAGUGGGAAGGCAACACCCAGAACAACGACCACAACGGAAGCCAUCGAAGGAAUGGAAAACUUGGAAGUAGCUGCAAGUGAGAUCAGUCUAAGUUCCAUUGGUACGACGGAAAAUGAAAUGGUUGACAGCACAAUGUCAACUAUAGAGCUUUCUAUGGGAACUGAUACUGCAAGCAGCGCCACAAUUACAAGUACUGUGCCAACUACUGUCCUUGCUAGUCAUCAAACCGAAGAGCCUUCGAAGAACAGUCAAGCCUUCCAAAUGAAUGAGGAAGAUCGUUCGGUGCAUUCGAACUCCUUUCGAAGUGAGUUCAUGAUCGAAGAAAGUGGUCCAUCAGUAGGGCUGGACCAAACCGAGCCUGAACGAGUGGAGUCAAGUAAUAUCCAUCGAGUUAUGACGACGUUGGAUUCCGAGCAGAUCCAUAUGCAACCAACCCGUGGACGGAUGCAUAGAAAACAGGACCCACUUGCAUCUCGUCAGACGGUUAUUUACCACGACAAGAAAACUGAGAGUGAUCAUCCUCGUUCCGUUUCUUAUAGCUAUAUUGGUGAAACAGCACCAACGCUCAAAACUUGGAAAGAUAUCGACGAAGAAUAUCUCUCAAAUGGAAAAUCAUCCUCAAAUACAACGGAAGCACCGUUGAAACCGAUGGUUAAUGAACCAUUAUACCCCGGUUCUCCCAUGAUUUGGUCUGAACCCGAGAAAAACUAUAGUGAACCGGCUAAAGUAUGGUCGGAACCUGCAAAAAUCUAUUCAGAACCAGCAAAAUUUUACUCCGAGCCAUCCAGAAUCUAUUCUGAACCAGCAAAAAUAUACUCUGAACCAGCUAAGAUCUACUCUAAACCUUCUAGUUUUUGGCAAACGGCUUAUGAUAAUCCUCCUUCCAGAGCGUCUCCUGCCCCGGUGCAAACAACGACAGAGCCUCCUACCAGCCCGAAGCGAAUCGUAUUCAACGACCUGGACAAGAUUCCAUACGACGAACUCAACGCACCGGCAGAUGCGGAAGAACGCAGCUCUAUUCACAACGCGAUAGGAAAGUUCAUACCCAAACAGGUACACGAGCCUCCAAAGAAGAAUCUCAACAAACCUACUCCUGAUCCCACGGAGGUUAUAGAUCCGUACGUCGAAAAGCAAGGAGCCGGGAAUGGGAGCACUCCGAACGUCGUGCAGACCCUGGCGCCCGUAUCUGGAUCAACGGAUGACUCUAAAGUGGGGUACGUAGUGGAAGGGCGAAACUAUCGCAAAUACCGCGUCGAGGAGAAAACAUCCGAUGGCUUCAUUGUCGGAGAGUACGGAGUCCUAAGCCACAACGACGGAAACCUUCGAGGGGUACGCUAUACUGCGGACUCCGACAUCAACCCACGCCUAAUAUAUGAUGCGCUAGUAAAGUUUCUCUCGCUUUGAAGGGUGAUUCACAUGGUAUGAAGGUAACUGUUGCCAAAUAAAGUCAGCUCUCUUCCCAACGGAUGGAAAUCAGGAGCAUUGGUUGAGUGCGGACCCCAAAGGGGGAGAGUAAAGAUAAUCUAAGUCGAUGCCAUACAAACACAUUUCUGCAACAACGUAUUUGUAAGAUUUAGGAACGUAGUCAUAGGAAUACAACACGAAACUUUCUCUAAAUUUAGCUAGAUUUAACACAUAGGAAUUGGAUCGCGUCAAACGAAAAGUGUAAUUGAAUGUGAUAGUAGACUAUUAAUUUAUUAGAUAGAAAUCGUAAACCUAAUGCUAAUCCAUGAAAACAGCACGUCCACUGCUCAAAUCACCAUGGUAUAUCACUCUCUUGGAACCUAUUCUUGCCAUAUUGUGAGUCGCACUGAAUGUUAGAUAAUAUUAUCAGUAAGAUAAUAUGCAAAACCGAAAAGCAGUUGUACAUUCUUGUAUUGAAGACCGGUAAAAUAAUAAACAGUUUCAUUGCAGUAGAAGCUCAACAACAUAUGACUUUUAUUUUUCU